AUACGCGCGCUGCUUCGGGCGAGGUAGCCGAUGGGGGAGGGGACUCGCCCCGCAUCACGCCAAGUGGGAGCGAUAUGCGGAGGCACUAUGACGCGAGAGGGGGACGAGAUUAUCGGAUGGAUUUUGGAACGAAGUUUCACCGACCCCGAGCCGCCGGAGGCAUGCGCGGGGUUCCUCGGUGAAGGAUGCGAUGAGGGCGGGGUGCCCUCCCUUCCCUUUCGCAGUUACAAACAGACUAAUCCCAUGUUACGCGACCAUCGGCCAAUUUUUUGGCGAGGUCGGGCCGCCGGAGGCGCGCGCGCACCCCCUAGUGAAGGCCGCGAAGAGGGCGGGGGCCCUCCACCUUCUUUCCGACUUGAGUCAGGUUGGGGGACCUUGACCCCUUCUAUGAUGUCCUUCUGCUGAGCCUGAGUUUCCGGAAGCGUGCGGGACAUCCCUCGAGGGGGGUUGUGACAAGGGUGGGGGAUCCCUCCAUCCGCUGAUCUCAAGGCCCCCCUUCGCAUGAUUUUGAGUGACUUCAGGCGUAUUCGAGAAACCGGAGGCGAGCGCGGGCCCCCUCGUUGAGGGGGGCGACGAGGACCUUGAGACAAUUAUCGACGGCGGCA